AGGGCCCCCUGAGGGGUCUUCAGAUUCUGGGAAAUGUCUGAUUGGCAGAUGUUAAAAGGGAUUCUUCAGUAAUCCUGUGCAUCAAUGAGCUGCACAAAUUCAGUCCAGGACUGCAAGGAUUCAGGCAUGAGGACGCUGUGCAGCAGGCUCGCACAGGCAGACCCAAGAUGGACAGAACCUUGGAAUCCCUGAGACACAUCAUUGCCCAAGUGUUGCCUCACAGAGACCCGGCUCUAGUCUUCAAAGACUUGAAUGUAGUGUCAAUGUUACAGGAAUUUUGGGAAAGCAAGCAGGAGAGGGCUGCGUUCCCAAGUGAAGGAGUGGUGGUCUACGAGUCACUGCCAUCUCCUGGGCCUCCCUUCGUGAGUUACGUGACCCUCCCAGGAGGAAGCUGCUUUGGCAACUUUCAGUGCUGCUUAAGUAGAGCUGAGGCCAGACGGGAUGCAGCGAAAGUGGCCCUAAUCAACUCCCUCUUCAAUGAGCUGCCCUCUCGCAGGAUCACCAAGGAAUUCAUAAUGGAGAGUGUGCAGGAAGCGGUUGCCUCCACCAGCGGCACACUGGACGACGCAGACGACCCCAGCACCAGCAUCGGGGCCUAUCACUACAUGCUGGAGUCGAACAUGGGGAAGACCAUGCUGGAAUUUCAGGAGCUGAUGACCAUUUUCCAACUACUGCACUGGAACGGGAGCCUGAAAGCCCUUCGUGAAACCAAGUGUUCCCGACAGGAAGUCAUCUCCUACUAUUCCCAGUAUUCCCUAGAUGAAAAGAUGCGCAGCCACAUGGCCCUGGACUGGAUCAUGAAGGAGCGGGAAUCGCCAGGAAUUCUCUCUCAAGAACUACGAAUGGCCCUGAGGGAGUUGGAGGAAGCCAGGAAAGCAGGACAAGAACUACGGUUUUACAAAGAAAAGAAAGAAAUCCUGAGUUUAGCCCUGACUCAGAUCUACAGUGAGUCUGACACUUCCUCACCCAGUGAUGAUCAGCUGAGCCUCACGGCCCUUUGUGGCUAUCACUAGCAAGCCCUGGUCCCAGCUGCCCCCGAGGUUGGCAGAGGCUGGACUCUAACAUUAGGAAGCUCACUGAAGGAGGUCAUCGGAGGCUUUAGCACUGAUAGCUACUAGCUGAAGGCUGUUCUAAUCCUCCCACCCCCCUAUUCACAGCAUCUGAGAGUAGUAGAACCUUACAGGACCCAACAUCCCACUCAAUGCAAUUUUCCUAUCAUGCUCUCAAUGGUUCCACUUGAGACUGAAAGGACAGAGACAGGAUUAUUGAAAAAUAUUUUCCAGGCGUGGCUCCAGCCUAAAGCCCAGUUGACAUGUGCCUGGCUAGAUUAUAUAGUUGUUUCAAAGAAUUGGCAGGUGUAGUAUCCCCUAGAAAAACAUGAGCCAGGACUGCCAAAAGUAGCAUGAUAGCAAUUUUUUAAAACACUUGGGAUUGAAUAAAUACAGAUUGUUUUUAAAAUAUCCAAAAGUCAGAGUUUAUUCCUAAACUUUGUAAGCUUAGAGAUAGCUUACCCUCUACUAGGUAUGACCCAAAACUAUAGUGAAAAUUUUAUCUGGACACCUGACUAUCAAAGAUCUUAAAGGGGUAAUAAUAUGAAAAUACUAGAUAAAUUUAAUGUGGCUUAAAAUGCCAUUGUAAUAAUAAUUUUUAAAAAUCCAUGCUCUUCUAUAUGGGGAUAAAUGUCAUCUAGAAUAGUACCCUCACUCAUACUGUUACAAAGAAUUAAUAUCCUAUGUUUGGAAUCUUGUGAUCAGUCAUGUUCAUUUUUAAUUUGCAAAUAGAUAACUUGAUUUGUUUUUAUUUUUGCCCCUGCUGUCAUACAUCUGUAAGGGGGAAAUUACUGGCAAUUUAAGGGUUAAAACAUUUUGAGAAAUCGAUAGCAUUUAACAGUGCUUGCAUCUGAUUCAUUUCUCAUGCAUGAGAGAGAAGGGAUCUUUAGCUGUCUUUGUUAUUGUUCAAGAACCUGGGCCACCAGUAGCUCAAAUGUGGUGUCACUUUAAAGUUUAAAUUACCGGAAUCUUCUUUAAAGAUGAGAUAAGAUAUUGCCAUCUCUCUUUGAAAAUGGCUUGGAUCAAUUAACUGGUUAGAAAACAAAAAGCAAAUACAAACCAAUUUUUAGAUGGUUCCUGUUCACUCAAAUUUAAGAAUGGCAGUAGUGUCAAUUUUCAACGCUUGCAGGUAUUUCCAUAUCUAUAACAUGAAAAGGAUUAUCCUACACUUAGUCCAAUAAUUCAAAUUAAAGAAAACAGUUUUCUCAAUUUUAAAUAAGGUUUCUUUUUCUUCUUGUUUAGGCAAAUGCAGACUAACUUUCCUGAAAGCUAAAACCAUUAUAAUUAAUCAAAGUUUACAAAAACAUUAUAGUUUAGCCUCAUAUCUAAAUAGGUUCAAAGGUAAUUGUCACUCCUUAAAUCCCUAUGAAAACUACUUAUAAUUUGGAAUUAGCCUUGAUAAUAAAAAAUUAACUUCAUGCAUCAUAUUUCUCAUAUCAGGGGAAAAUUUAGCUACAUAUCUGCCCUACUCUAAUGUCUUGAAAAGGUAACAUUAUAUAAUAUUAGAUAAAUUUUAUUUAAAAAUAUUGUUUUAACAAAAAUCACCUUCCUCCCCAUAAUGAGGCUAAACGUCACCUAGAAGAAAACUUUAUUCUCUUAUAUUCCUGAAAAGGAAUUAGAAUCAAUACAUGUAAGUUGAAUAAAUUUUAAAAUUAAUAAAACUAUUUAAAGUAAUUUUUUCAUAAAGUCACUACCCUUUAUCACUUCAAAAAAGCCACAAUUCUCAUGUCCAGUGUGAUUAAAGGUAGGUACAGCUUUACUGCAUUUGCAGCCUUUGACAAUGACCACCGCAAGCUGACACCAUCUAAUUAGAUGCAGGAACAGGAAUCAGCUAGAAAAAUAUUAAAUUUACUCUCUGCCCUACAAUUAGAAAACUGUACCCAUUCUGUAAAUUAAAAGCCGAGGUUCCCCCUUGGCCACUAUCAGUUUUUCCCAGCUGGUCAAAACUGCCUGAUCUUCUUGGAAUUGUGGAAGCUACAGCAAAAAACACUAAAGUCAGAAUCUUUACCACUGUUGGUCCCUUUGAUGCUCAUUUAUAGCAAAUCUCUUUCAGCUAAGACAUAAUGGCUGUCAGUACCUCAUAUAAACAUCUAUAAUCCUGGCCCAGAGAAGAGCAGGGUUGAAGAGCAAAGUAGAUUAUUAUUAUUUUUCCUUUUCUAU